AUGGGGGACUACGAGAGAAGGCGCCACGGCGGCGGUGGUGGAUACAACAACAGGAAGAGAAGAUAUCGAGAGGACGAUGACCACGAUCACCGACAAUCGCGAAGAAGAAUCGAUAAUGCGCCCCUGCACGUAAGGGUUCGCAGACAGCUCCUUUCUCUUGCCGAAUCCCCUCUUCGCCGAUGGCACGAGGAGGUCCAGGCCAUCGCUCACGUCGUUGCCGACAACGCAGAGGACACCGAGCUUCGCGAAAGCUUCGUCGGUCUUGUCUUGCAGCUCUCGUUGGAGCAGCCACUCAAGACACCUUUUGUAGCUGGCGUACUCCUCCUGGUGAAUACGCUCAAGCCCGACAUUGUGGACGAGAUUCUUGCGAAGCUCAGCGCCACGACGCAAGAGAAGAUUCAGUCCGGCGAAUGGAGGGAUGUAAAACUCUAUCUGAAAUUGCUUGCUUGCUUGCAGAGCUCUCUAGAUGGCGAGGGAAUCUUCCCCGUUCUAGAGGAGCUGUUUGGUCGGGCUGUUGACUUGCAGACGGCAAGCUCCGAUGACACAAUUGGCACAGAGCUGGUCAAGAUCAUUCUUCUUACGAUCCCGUACAUAAUGGCAGCGGCUCCUGGUCAGUGGCAGCAGAAGGCUGCCGACCUUAUGGACAAGACAGAAAUUAUCGCCUCGGAGCCCCACGCCCUGCAAGCAUUGAUCGACCCGUACCUCUCCGAGAAGGAGGACCAGCCUAGUGGCUCUAUGAGCGUGAUCGCAUUGCUCCAGAAGCAGCUGCAGCGCGAAGCAGCAAAUGGCUGGGAACUUUCCUGCCUUCCUAGACCCUGGAAACUGCCACUGGAGGAGAUCGAGGCACAGGAGAAGCUGGACAAUGCCACGAAGCAUAGCCUCCCCUCCAUCACGGUCCCUGAGAAGAUCGUCGCUGGUCCUCGGCCCCUCUUCCCCGAAGUCUACUUCUCAGUAUACGGCAAUCAAGACGUCGAGUCUGUGCCUCCUGUGACGGACAUCGCUGCCUCAUUGGUCAGAGAUGGGUUGGUUGAUACGAUUAAUAUUCUUGACUUUAACCGCAACGUCACUGCACGAUAUCUCAUUGACCUGGACUGCUACUUUUCCGACACCACCUUCGUCAAGCGAGCGACGCCUUUUGAUCGACUCAGGGAUAUCGAGACUGGCCGCUCAACAUGGAAGCCUGAGGAUGUCGCUGUCGAUGCCGUUUUCUCGCAGCUUUUCCAACUACCAACGCCUGAGCACAAGCUUGUAUACUACCACUCAGUCCUUACCGAGGCUUGCAAGAUUGCGCCUGCAGCCAUCGCACCUAGUUUGGGCCGAGCGAUUCGGCACAUGUACCGCAACUCCAGCCGCAUCGACCUUGAACUCUCGCAGAGGUUCAUCGAUUGGUUCUCACAUCAUCUAAGCAACUUUGGCUUCACCUGGAAGUGGACAGAGUGGGUCGACGACGUCUUCCUUCCCGACCUGCAUCCCCAGAAGGCGUUUAUAAUUGGGGCCUUGGACAAGGAAAUCCGACUGAGCUUCGCACAACGCAUCAAGGGGACGCUUCCUGAACCCUACCAGCCCUUGAUUGGGCCCGAGAAGGAAAAAGAUGUUCCGGAUUUCAAAUUCAAUGACGACAGCACUCCAUUUGCAACCGAGGGUCGCGAGAUCGCUGCGUUGCUAAGACGCAAGGCGCCCGACGAAGAGUUCCAGCCAAUCAUUGAACGAAUUCACUCACUUGCGAUAGAACGCGGUUUGGAUCCCUUGGUGACAAGCACCGACAUCUUCGUCACGGCUGUCUGCUGGGUUGGUUCUAAGUCGCUCAGUCACGUCCUGGCAUGUAUCGAGCGCACCAAGGACCGUCUGCUGGAUGUCGGCGCGGCAUCUGAGGUGGCUAAGGCCCAAAUCAUCACCGCAGUCAUGUCGUAUUGGGCAGCACAGCCCGGCGUUGCUAUCUCGAUCGUCGAAAAGCUAUUGAACUACUCAAUUCUUCUACCCAUCACGGUUAUCGAAUGGGCCCUUGGGGGCAGCAGUCACGUCGAGGGACAGUCAUCGGGCGAUGCCUUGGCGCAGCCGCACGUCUUCGAGUUGGUGUUUGGAACCGUGGCCAAGGUGACGGGACGGGUCAGACAGUUGUUGACUAAAGAAGCCGAAGCGGACGAAGAAGCGAAAGAAAGGGAGUGCAAGGCUAUGCGUGAUCUUUUCAGGGCGAUGGAUGAUGCCUUGAUCAGCUGGGCUUCGGGCAGCAAGGACGAGAUGAUGGAGGAAAUGGAUGGCGCUGGCCAACGCGACGCCCUCCUCCGCCGAUGGGGGGAGAGAUGGCUGAGAGUAUUCCGACGGCGGUCAGCCAUCGAGGAGGCCUUCAUUGUGGAGGCUAACAAGGAGCAAGCUGUCGCUGUAGACGAAGUCUAA